GGGGGAGAGGAGGGGCUGGCAAGUGGGGGCCUAGACCCUGGGAAGCCAAGGGACUGUGAGCCGGGCCAGCGGAGCAGAGGGUGCAGAAGCCAGACCAUCCAAGUUGACUGGCCAUUUCAAGUGGAAUCAGGAGAUAUUUCCAACUCAGGGAGACUGAGCCGUAGCUCGCUCACUUGCUGGACAAGAUGAUCUUCCUCACCACACUGCCUCUGUUCUGGAUAAUGAUUUCAGCUUCUCGAGGAGGCCACUGGGGUGCCUGGAUGCCCUCAUCCAUCUCCGCCUUCGAGGGCACGUGUGUCUCCAUCCCGUGCCGCUUCGACUUCCCUGAUGAGCUCCGGCCGGCUGUGGUCCACGGCGUCUGGUAUUUCAACAGUCCUUACCCCAAGAACUACCCACCGGUGGUCUUCAAGUCCCGCACACAAGUGGUCCAUGAGAGCUUCCAGGGCCGCAGCCGCCUGCUGGGAGACCUGGGUCUACGCAACUGCACCUUGCUUCUCAGCACACUCAGCCCCGAGCUGGGGGGCAAAUACUAUUUCCGAGGGACUGGGCGCUACAACCAAUACACCUUCUCAGAGCACAGCGUCCUGGACAUCAUCAACACCCCCAACAUCGUGGUGCCCCCGGAGGUGGUGGCAGGAAGUGAAGUGGAGGUCAGCUGUAUGGUGCCGGACAACUGCCCGGAGCUGCGCCCAGAGCUGAGCUGGUUGGGUCACGAGGCUGGGGAGCCCACUGUGCUGGGUCGGCUGCGUGAGGAUGAAGGCACCUGGGUGCAGGUGUCGCUGCUGCACUUCGUGCCCACUAGAGAGGCCAACGGCCACCGGUUGGGCUGCCAGGCUGCCUUUCCCAAUACCACCUUGCAGUUCGAGGGCUACGCCAGCCUGGAUGUCAAACCCCCAGUGAUUGUGGAGAUGAAUUCCUCCGUGGAGGCCAUUGAGGGCUCCCACGUCAGCCUGCUCUGUGGGGCUGACAGCAACCCUCUGCCGCUGCUGACUUGGAUGCGGGACGGGACGGUGUUGAGUGAGGCAGUGGCCGAGAGCCUGUACCUGGAUCUGGAGGAGGUGACACCGGGGGAGGACGGCGUCUAUGCUUGCCUGGCAGAGAACGCCUAUGGCCAGGACAACCGCACCGUGGAGCUGAGCGUCAUGUAUUUCCCAUGGGUUCUGAUAUUUUGUCUUCCCCAGAUGCACCUAGGAAAACCCACGGUGAAUGGAACAGUGGUGGCCGUAGAGGGGAGCUGUCUCAUCCUGUGCUCCACACAGAGCAACCCAGACCCAUUCUUACCAUCUUUCAAGGAGAAGCAGAUCCUGGCUACCGUCAUCUAUGAGAGUCAGCUGCAGCUGGAGCUCCCUGCAGUGACGCCGGAGGAUGAUGGGGAGUACUGGUGUGUGGCUGAGAACCAGUAUGGCACAGCCACUGCCUUCAACCUCUCUGUGGAGUUUGCCCCCAUAAUCCUUCUGGAGUCACACUGUGCUGCGGCCAGAGACACAGUGCAGUGCCUGUGUGUGGUGAAAUCCAACCCGGAACCCUCUGUGGCCUUUGAGCUGCCUUCCCGCAACGUGACUGUGAAUGAGACAGAGAGGGAGUUCGUUUACUCAGAGCGCAGUGGCCUCCUGCUCACCAGCAUCCUCACACUACGGGGGCAGGCCCAGGCCCCACCCCGGGUCAUCUGUACCUCCAGGAACCUCUACGGCACCCAGAGCCUAGAGCUGCCCUUCCAGGGAGCACACCGACUGAUGUGGGCCAAAAUUGGGCCUGUGGGCGCCGUGGUCGCCUUUGCCAUCCUGAUAGCCAUCGUGUGCUACAUCACCCAGACGCGCAGAAAAAAGAACGUCACAGAGAGCCCCAGUUUCUCAGCGGGAGACAACCCUCAUGUCCUGUACAGCCCCGAAUUCCGAAUCUCCGGGGCACCUGAUAAGUAUGAGAGCAAGAGGCGCCUGGGAUCUGAGAGGAGGCUGCUGGGUCUUCGGGGGGAACCCCCAGAGCUGGACCUCAGUUAUUCUCACUCAGACCUGGGAAAACAACCCACCAAGGACAGCUACACCCUGACGGAGGAGCUGGCUGAGUACGCCGAAAUCCGAGUCAAGUGACGGAGCUGGGGGCUGGCCCUGUGGCUUACCCCCAGCAGGACCCUCGCUGGCCCUCACUGGCUGUAGGCUCCCUUCCUCUUCAAAGUGGUAGGGGUGAGGGCAGGAAGGGGGCAGGCAGGAGAUAGUGAGGUCCUGGGGCCCGGCCUCCCCUCCUCCCCACUGUUCCUCCCUGCCAACAAGCCACGCCCACAUUACAGCUCCUAUCUUCCUUUAACCUCAGCUGUUUAGAGGGCGCUCUGUCUGUCCGUGUUAUUUAUUGCAAUCCCUCUCCUUGUCUCCUGCCCCCUACCUGGCCCUGGGACCCGUACAGAAGGGACAUGAAAUAAAUGUCCUACUGCCAAAUGCCA